AUGAGAGGUGGAGCCAGGGGACAGGAUGAUAACAUCAUGGUAGCAACAGCAACAACAAAACAGCGGCAGAGCGCCAAAGACAGGAUGUUGGGAGAUUCCAAUUUUAGUGGAGAAGCAGGAGGAAGCAACAGAGGAGACUUAGAAGAAACCAUCAGAGAAGUCAUCGACAAGCACAACAUUGUUAGAGAAAUCCAAGAACACGAGCCGUUGGGACGCUUUGCGGCCCUGGACCGCGUCUGGCUCCUUCCCGCGCGCAGGGACUUCGCGCCGCCGCCACGGCAGCCGCGCCUGGGCCCCGCCUCCACCGCGCGGCGCCGGGGAGAGCGGGAGGCGGACGGGACGUGCGGAGCUGCGGGAGGGAGGAGCGUGGGGGGAGGAGCGUGGGGGGAGGGGGAGCAGGGGGAGGGGGAGAGGAAGUCCGCGGCGGACAGAGGGGCGGGGCGUGGGCGGGGCGUGGAGGCCGCGAGGCUCCUACCGGGAGAGCAGGGGCUGGAAAAGCCGCGGCAUUCCCCGCCCCCAGCUCCCAGCCGGCGUCCCCGGAAUCACCGCCGCGUGUCCCACGGCCCGGGCGCGUUUGCUUCCCCGCGGCGCCCGCUGCGGAGGAAAGCCUGGCCGUGGAAGGCUGCGGCUCUUCUGGGCUAUUGCUCUGAAUACAAAAAAGCCUUUCUUACGCCCUUGCGGCCCUCCCCGCCCGGGGCUCCAGAUAGAGGGGACCGGCCCGUUGAUGCUGGAGCCUGCAGCUGUGGGGGCCACAGCACCAUUUCUGUGGUUCUUGCAGAGAAGGGUGGCUCCAGGAAGGCCAGUCCAAACGCAGGAGAGAGAAAACGUGGUUCCUUUAGUAUGGACAUUCCUGGGUGUGAGUUUCUCUACUUGACAAUUUUACAACGUGAGUUCCUUGAAGAUAGGGCCCAGGAAAAGCAGUAUUAAGAAGAUGGUUACCAAGGCAUUCAACGCCAAGCAGAUUCUUUAAAAACUGAGAAUAUUGUUAAUGAUGGUUGAAAAUUUCAUCCAGUCCUUACGUGUUGCUGAGGAUUUCGUUCAAUCCCUACUUUUUGCUGAUGCAGGAAUUUGUACAUUUUACCCCUCAUUGCUUGUUCUCCCCCAAAAUAUAGCACCUCUAAAAAAUUUUAAGAUUUUGCCUUGUCUAAUAAAUAAAAGGUCAUGGUUUA